UAUAUUAGUUCGCUCAAGUGGACGAGAAACCAAUUGUUUCUCCGUAGUCGCAUGUUGCAGCAGAAUAGACGUGUGAACUCCUGGAAUGCGUUUGUUAGUCUACAAUUUUAUGACGGAGUAAAAAUAACAAUCACAUUUUUAGGACUAGGCAGAGGGGAUCGCUUCAAACUUACGGCGUUCAUUGCGCAAAACAAGGCGAGAUUGCUGCGGGAUUAUGGAAGACUCACCGUCACUGAAAAGAAAGGUUACAACAUUCGUGUUCUCGAAGCUCGAGAAGCGAAGAACCAUACCGCACGCGCAAACCCUAAAGCCGUCAAACACGAUGUGAAUGCUGCAUUCACUUCAAUGGAUCGCGAGGUAUGUUUUCAUCUUGUAAUUAGGCUGGGUAUGUCUUUCCCCUCAACACUGUAUCCUACUAAUUAUUCCAAAGACGAACGCGUGUCUCUCAACCGUGCACGGCCACUCAACAAACUCAUCGGCGAAUGUCGCGAGCUUAUUCAAGCUGAGCUAGAUUUCAUUUUGAUGGAGAAAAAUGUGUCGAGCAAGGUUAAAAUGAACUACACUAACUAUGAGCGUGCUAUCGUCGAACAUUAUGGCAUAGAGCUA